UGGGUGACCUGAUGCAUUGACUCAAUUAGCCGAUUCUCAGUCAUCAACUCCAUCACAACAAAGCAAGACCAACAGCACUUCAGUCCUAGAAACUCCGAAGGAGACAUGGCUUUUUAAUUUCGUUUACUCGUCGAUCCUAAAGAAACGCUGUGCUUUGCUCUUGCAACGCACUCCAGACCCAAAACAUUUCAGCAAGAAUGGAGUUUCAUAAUGCGCACCAAGCCCUGUUUUCUGUGGCUCAACUCUCAAACUUCACUGUUGUGCACCGUAAGCUCGGACAUUUGAAUCGUAGGAUCAACGGACAGGAUGAUGACAAUGUCAGCACCCAUUUGGAAGACUCUACUCGUCUGCCCGGCAGACCCCCUCACUCUCUCUCACCCACAGGCUAACCACAGCCAAUCGGAGGGGCGCAGAGGGGAGGGGCCAGAGGAGAGCCAGCACUUAAUUGGUGAUGGUCUUAGUGACUGGAUGACGGAAGAAGUAGAUUUCUCCUCUUACCUCCCGAACCCUCACGCCUCUCCCUCCCCCAAUGCAUCCCUUCCCCCCUCGCCCCUCCAGCAUGACAUCCAGGUGCCCUCAGAUUUGGAGGUCAUGACCUCUCUGCUGCAAGAGGAGCUUGCUCAGCUGGAGGAUUACUUCCUGUCUGACCCACUCCCAGAGAAAGCCUCCAAACUUGGGAAAUGCGACAAGGGUCCAACGGCAGUUGGUCCGCCAUCGUAUUACCAGUUGCCGUACGCAUCGUAUUCUACUUCCAACCAAUCAGAAUCCAGCCCUCUACUUGUUACCCUGGCAACCGGGGAACUUGACUUGCUGAGCUUUUGUGGGGGUCCCAUUGGCCGUACCAAGAUUCCUAGACAUGCCCCCUACAGUUGCAGUCGCCCCAACGGCAACGUCUGCAGCCGCAAGCGAGUUUCCGAAGGUGUGAGGGUGGGUGAGAGCUUUGACAGUAGCAUCUGGAGUUCCAAAGGAAAUUCCUCAGGUAACUCAGCUGUUGCAACUGGCGGUAGCUACAGCUGUGCAGAAGAUGAACGGGUGGUGGGCAAAGGCUACUGCCUGGGCAGCGCGGUGGAGAUCAGAAGGUGUUCCAUUUUACCCAAAGAGGAUAAGAAUUGCCGCUACACAGAAGACGCCAUCUGCCCGGGUAAGGUCGUUGGCGGCGGUUACAGUUUUAGCGGACCCAUUCAAAUUCCUCACAAGAAAGACGAAAUGAUGAUGUACGAAGUCAAUAUAGGUGGCAUAGGAGGAGGAACGGAAAUGGAGAUAAUGAACGACGCAAAGAGCGACGCUAGUGACGUCAAGACCAGCGUUUCUUGGAAGACCGAACCCAACGAAACCUGUUUCCUUCAAAGUACAUCCCAAGAAGAGGCCUACCACAGUUUUCUAGGAGCCAUCAAUGACCCUGUAAAACCAGACAGCACAGAGAUUCACCGUCAACAUAACGACUUUCACUGUGGCUUUCUCGAAGGCCAAAGCCCCGACUGCUUAAGUCCCGACCACCACGAUUCAGAAAUGGGCUCUCCGUGUGUCCGAGGAGUCUGUGUGUUGAAAGAUGACCCCUGCAUUGUGAAACCAGAACUAGAGAUCCCAAUUAUUGAAGGCCCCCCAGGUGAACGUAAACAGAAGAAAAGAGAUCAAAACAAGACGGCAGCUCACAGAUAUCGUCAGAGGAAGAGAGCGGAGUUGGACUCAUUGGAAGAACAGCUUCAUGGUCUGGAGGGUAGAAACCGUGAACUACGAGACAAGGCUGAAUCGGUGGAGCGGGAAAUCCAAUAUGUGAAAGACCUCCUGAUUGAGGUGUACAAGGCCCGCAGCCAACGCCUUAAACAGGAAGCCAGCGCCUGACCAAAAGCUUGACCACCUGACAAUGGUCCUGCAAGUAGAGAUGUUAGCAGUCUGAAAGGCAAUGAAAUUUGAGUUGGAAUGUUUUCUAACUGAUUGUGUUUUUUUAGAACGUGGUGGAGGUUGUACUAUUGCACGCUAUUCAAUCAUUUAAUUUCCGUUACAAACUGACAAAGUCCGUCCACAGCUGCAGCACAGACAUCCACUUUUAAAAACCAACUCCAGAUCGGUCAAUAUGCACUGUGAUUAGGUCUUGACUGUAAUGACAGGCGUUUUUUUAUCAUGUUUGUCUGCUUUCUUCAAAAGGGUCAUUUUCUUGUUUCCAUAAAUGAGCUUUAACAACAAAGCGUUUACGCUGAAUAAUACAAGAUGCAUUGAAUGCAUCGUCAUUUAUUUAAAGAAAGGCUGCAGUGUAAUAUCACAAGUUUAGCAUAUGACCUGCGUUUAUCUUAUUUUAUUUUUAUUUUAUUUUUAUUUUUUUACAAUUAUUUAUUUGCAGUUUUAACAUUUAUUGUACCAAUACAAAUAAUGUACAAGAUGUACUUAUUAUCUUAACUCUUCCAUAUAUUAAUCAAGAAAUAAGCACUGAUAUUAAAAGCAAUGUCUUAUAUAUUGAGUUUCAGGGGAAGCGCUUUUCAAAAUGAAUUUCCCUCAGGAAGGACGAACCUGAUGAUGUGUUUAUAAAUCCCCAAUUUAGAUUAGUCCUGCAGCUCAGGUAUACAAUUUAUGUCCAAAGUCAUGGAGGUAUGUCAGUUUGUAACUCAAUGCUGAAGAUAUGGCACUGCCUAAUGUUAUGUGUGUUGAUUUUCUGUACUUUCGUUCUUGCAUGCUGAAGAUUUCAUGGCUUUUGAAAAAAGAAUGUUUUUUUUGUCUGAAAGACACGUUGAACAAUUCUGCAGAAGUCUUUCUUGCUUAAUAAGUCCUAUUUUCUAUUCUCUUGGCUAACACAUUUCAUUAGAGAUGAAUGAGUGGAAUUUGAUUCACAAACUGCUGUUUGGCCCAAUGUCUCUGCUGUUAUUGCGAUAACAAUCAGGGUUUGUGAUUUUAUAAAGCUUGUUUGCUCUAAUGUACAAGUGUGUGUUUGGGGUCAGCAAACAAAUCUUUAUAGCGAUACAGCUUUUUUAUAAUCAUUGAAAUGAUUGUGGUGGCUUUAGAUUUCCUUCCAAUUGCGGACACCCAGCUUCUUAGCAAUAUUUCAUCAACAAUGUGAACGAUUUAAGUUAGGAUUAUUGCAAUUGCGAUCCUGCACAAUAUUUGAAAAAUGUAUGAUUUCCAUGUUUACAAUAUAGUAAUUUUCAGGUGUUUAUCCUGGCAACUUGUGUAGUAAUUUUUUUCUACAUGCUGCAAUAGCGAACAUGCAUUUAAUAACAAUUACAAACAAAUAAGCAGCAAAUGAGACUUUUUCUUCCUAUUUGUUUCUUUAUAGCAUUUUUUGAAAAGUGUCGUGUGAACUUUAAUACGUAGCAAUAUUACAAAUAUAAUUUAAUUACUCUAAAUAAACGACCUAAAUAAUAACAGAGCUUAUCAUAUCGACUUUCCUUGGCGGUAUACAAUCAUGUUUAUGAAAUAUAGCUAAAUAUUCGCUCUGUUUUACGGUCAUUUUGUGAAGUUGAUAUAUACUUUUUAAACCCAAAACUGAGGCACACGAUUAUCAAGUUUACACCAGCUAUAAUACUAAGACCAGUCAUUUUGUAAAGAGGCAUUUCGAUGUAUAGUCUCAGAUUAAUUUGUGUUUUCCUGUUACUCCAUUGAUUCAAAUAAAGUGAUUUGUGUCA